CUCAGAGAGGCGUUGUCAGGACCCAAAGCCAAAUCAGGCAGUGAAUGUGUGCUGACUGCUGAGCAAUAGAGGAACUCUUUCACCCUUUAACGAACAUCCGCACGAGUUAAUGUAAUAAUGAUCAAGGUGUUACUCAAAAGCAAGUUGUACUGAGAUUAUAUCGACGGGAUUCAUGUAAUAUGGCUACUACUGAGAAUGCAGAGUUGGGUUCACCAGAAAAUAAAGUGGAUCGUGCCGCCCCAUUUGCAAAAUACCCACUAAAAGUUCUCUAUUGUGGAGUGUGUUCUCUGCCAGCAGAGUACUGCGAGUACAUGCCUGAGCCGGCCAAAUGCAAACAGUGGCUUGAGAAGAAUUUUCCUGAUGUGUUUGCUAAACUGACUCUUGCACCCAAGCAGGAAACUACUGGAGGAGGAGGAGGUGGUGGUGGCGGUGGAGAGGUGCCCCAUGCAGGAGAGGAAGAGGAGAAAAAGAAACAGAAGAGAGGUGGAAGAGGUCAAAUCAAACAGAAAAAGAAGACCGUCCCGCAAAAAGUCACAAUAGCAAAAAUUCCACGAGCUAAAAAGAAAUAUGUCACAAGGGUGUGUGGCCUGGCCACUUUCGCAGCACCAUAA